ACAGAAUGAUUCUGUAAUAUUAAUUGAAAAGUAAAGUUAAGAAAGUAACUUUAGCUUAUGAAUAAGAAAUUUACAUGAAAAACCAUAGAAAACUCAGCAUAGUUUAUGUGUGGCUACAAUUACUUUGUCACUUUGAUUUACGAAGAAAGCAACUGUUUGUUCUUAGAAUUGUUCAAGCUAACAUCAGAUGCAAGAAAUAAACAACUCAGUUUGAUCAUAUUCUUAAUUUUUCUGUUUCUGGAGGCCAUUGUGUCUGUGGUGGAAGGUGUGAACAAAUUAAAGUGGCUGAUUGCAGCUGUUGUCCUAAUUGGAUUCUUGCAGGCACCUGGUUGGUGGAGCCGUGCGGUUUUGUCGCAAGAGAUACUUUCAAGAGCUAAGCCUUUUGAAGCAGAAGAAGGAAACAACCAGCAAAUGAUAUUUGAUCUAGUUCUGAAAACAGAUGUGAUUGUGCUCGAACCUAUCCUACCAUGAGUGGCAAAUCUUGUAGUGAUUGUCACCAAAUUACGUUCAGGUGAGGGAAGAAC